AUGACUACCCGCAUUCCCUUGAUCUAUGGAGGUGUAUUUGGCGCCAAGGGAACGCUCGCUGUUCGCAUCCACGACUUAUCAGAGUGCCAGAAAUCGAUAGAUUGCUUUGUUGGCAAAGGGAUACGUGUGAUAGAUACUGCACGGAACUACGGUGAUGGCACCUCGGAAGAGUACCUUGGCCAGCUGGACAUCAAAGGCGCCGCAAUAGACACCAAGUCAGUUUCCACUUUUUAUAAACCGGGCGAUCAUUCUCCCCAGAGACUCAGAGAGCAGCUGAAAGCGUCUUUGACGGCCCUGGCUCCGCAUAAAAUUCGGGUUUUUUUCUUGCAUGUGCCCGACCGGAGCGUAUCUUAUGACGAGAUGCUCCGGGGUGUAGAUGAGCUGUAUCAGAAAGGCCUUUUUGAAGAGUUUGGCCUGAGCAAUUUCUACAGUUGGGAGGUGGCAGAGAUAGUGACGAUUGCCAAGAGUAAUGGAUGGAUCAGACCGACGGUUUAUGAAGGGCUUUACAAUGCCCUGGAGAGGAACGUCGAGGCUGAACUGUUUCCUUGUCUACGGAAAUUUGGGAUUCGAUUCCACGGGUACAGUCCUCUUGCCCGCGGCUUGCUUGCAGGAACAAGCAUCGCAUCGCCUACGCCAGGCAGUCGGUGGGAUGUAGAAAGUUCUGCAAUGGCUGAAGGAUUACGAGCCAAGUACCAGAAUUGGGAGGUCGCUUUUCAGUCGUUGCGAGAGUCAUUGGCCAAGCAUAACAUUUCCGGAGGAGAAGCGGCGCUUCGCUGGCUUCAGCACCAUAGUAUGCUGGAGCCCCGUGAUGCGAUAAUCAUUGGUCCCAGCAGUCUGUCUCAACUUGAACAGAACAUUAGAGAUUGCGAAAGAGGACCUUUGCCUGAGGAAAUAGUCAGUUUGCUUGACGGAACUUGGACCAACUACAAAGGCAGGGCACCCCCGUAUUAUAGAUAGUGGCGACUCCCGUUGCUGACAGUGAGUGAUAACAAAUAUGGUUGACUCAUCCCAGAUGUGGUCAUAGACGAAUUGUUAAUCAGAUUGUACGAUUGUGAAAGCCCGUCACUCUUCU